UCACCGGUAUCGAUUGAUUCAAGUGAGUACAUUUAGUGUACAAACUCCAUAUUCUCUGGGUAUUAUGAUGGCUCGGCAAGCUGCCGAUUCAAAACCGACGAUCCUAGGACCGUUCGCGGUUGAGGCAUUCGAUCCGAAUGUGUCCACGUGGAAACGUUGGCUGCAGCGCCUACAAGGCGCUUUCCUGGUGUUCGGGAUCGAAGGAAAUGCACGUGUGCCAUACCUACUUCACUAUGUGGGUCCGACGACCUUCGAUAUUCUAUGUGACCGACUUGACCCAGAGGAUCCGUUUGGGCAGACCUACGAGAUACUAGUCCAAAAGUUGGAGGAAUUUUACGCGCCAGCGCCAUUAGAAAUCGCUGAAAAUUAUAAAUUUUAUCAGCGGAAGCAAGCAGACGGAGAGUCGGUGCAGCAAUUUGUAGCAGCCUUGCACAAGUUGAGCAUUUAUUGCAAAUUUGGGGAUUACCUCAAGACAGCCCUCAGAAACCAGCUAGUUUUCGGCAUGCUAAAUAAGAAGGCACCAGUACGUCUUUUGGAAAGAAAAGAUCUUACUUUUGAGAAAGCAGUAAACGUUGCCGUUACAAUGGAACUAUCCGAGAAAAGUUCGGAACAGAUGAAAUCUGUGGGAGCAUCAAGUACAACGCAGGCAGGUAUUGAAUACCUGAAAGCGGGUAUGAAGCCUACAUCAAAAAUACUACGGAGAACCGUACAAAGCAGCGAGCGAGUGCGGUAAGCCACAUUUAGCGUCAAAGUAUACUUUGCGUCAAGACGUGCGUUGUCACGGUUGCGGGAAGCAGGGGCAUCUGCGCAUAGUCUGCUUUGAUAACAGCUCCACAACAAAUCAGUUGGAAGAAAUCUUACAACUGGAACAUGCAGAUCACCGAGAAAAAAUUCUGAUUACGCUUGAUGUAAAUAACAAACACGUACAGUUUGAAGUAGACAGCGGAGCGGCGGUAACAGUAAUGAGCAAAUACGAAACAGCUCGUCUUUUCAGGUACACCCAUACAUCCAACAAAUUUACAAUUGAUAUGCUAUUGCAAUUGUGCACUGCGUAGUUUAGGAUUUGUAAAAGUAGGUGUUAAGUUUAAAUCACUAGUAAAAAAGUUAAAUAUAUACUUAGUAGGCGGAAAUAGAAUGGAUGGUAGAGAAUGGAUACGACAAUUGUCAAAUGGAUAUGACCUCUUGCUUGACAAUGCGUCUGUAAAUACAGUAUUGUCAAGCCCAAAUAGUAAACUUAAAAGUCUAUUCGAUACGUUCAAAAAAGAGUGUAUUUCUAAAUUAUCAGAAAUAUCGGGUAUUAAAGCUAGAUUGACUUUGAAGCCAAACGUUACACCUGUUUUUGUAAGAGCACGACCAGUGCUGUUCAAAUUAGCAGCGUUAGUAGAGCAGGAGCUAGAUAAUUUAGAGUCGGCCGGUAUCAUUGAAAAAGUUACUACUUCUAGAUGGGCAACUCCUAUAGUUCCCAUAUUGAAACGCGACGGUAGUAUUCGCAUUUGCGGUGACUACAAGGUCACAGUUAACCCUCAUUUAAUUGUGGAUGAUCGUCCAUUUCCUACUGUAGACGAGUUAUUUGCAAAACUUGCACGCGGAACAAAGUUCUCAAAAAUUGAUCUUGAACAAGCGUACCUACAAUUAGAGAUUGCUCCGGAAGAUCGCGAAAUAUUAACUUUAAGUACGUGUAAAGGCCUUUAUAAAGUAAAUAGACUUAUGUAUGGAAUAGCUCCCGGACCUGCCAUUUGGCAGCGGGAAAUCGAGAAUAUUCUUCAGGGAAUCGAAGGAGUAGCUAUUUUCAUUGAUGAUAUCAUUAUUACGGGAGAGUCCGACGAAAUACACGUAGUUCGACUUGAAAAAGUACUACAUAGAUUGCAUAGUCAUAAUAUACAGUUAAACUGGGAAAAAUCUACAUUCUUUCUGGAUAAAGUUAGUUACUGUGGGUAUACAUUAGAUAAAGUAGGUGUGCAUAAGGAAAAAGACAAAAUGGAAGCUAUUAAAAACAUGUCUCGCCCUAAAAACGUGUCAGAGGUCCGCACUUUUACGGGAAUGAUAAAUUAUUAUGGUAGAUUCAUACCACACUUGAGCACUAUUUUGCAUCCGUUAAACAGAUUGUUGAGUAAAAAUAGUCUAUUCCAAUAGACACAAGAAUGUGAACACGCAUUUAAAAAAAGCGAAUGAAGCUUUUAUGAGCGAUAGAGUGUUAAUACAUUUUAAUUCAAAAUUGCCUUUGAUUUUAGCUACAGACGCCAGCUCAUACGGAGUUGGUGCCGUAUUGUCUCAUAAAUAUCCGGAUGGAUCAGAGAGAGUUAUACAAUAUGCAUCUCAAGCAUUUUCAACUACUCAGGUUAAGUACUCUCAAAUCGAUAAAGAGGCUUAUGCAAUUAUCUCUCUUUGGGGUAAAAAAGUAUUUUCAAUUUCUCUACGGAAACAGAUUUACGUUGGUAACGGAUCAUCGUCCCUUAGUGCAAAUUUUCUCACCAGAAAAGAGUUUACCAAUUUAUUCGGCAAUGCGCAUGCAGCAUUAUGCUAUUUUCCUUCAAGGGUUCAACUACGAUAUUUAGUA